AUGAACACCUCUUCUUGUGAUGCCACAACGCCUUUACAUGCUGAAAAUAUCCAAACAAUUAACGAUGAUAACAUUCCAGACAAUAAAAUUCCGGCAGACAUAUUGCAAAAGAUAAUUGGUGAGUUGAUGAUGAAAUAUAAGAAAGAUGGAGUUCUCUUAAAUUUGGAAGUCGAUAAAAAACUGACGCCAAUAAACAGUUGUGUUGGUGGUGUUCCCUAUUUUCCAAAGGGCAUGGAAUACCCAAUGGCAGAUGGUCAACCGUUGAUUCUUUUGUGUCAAAUCAAUUACUCUGAAAUGCCAAAAUUAGCAAAUUUCCCGACAGAGGGCCUCCUCCAAUUUUUUAUAGGGACGGGCAAUUAUUAUGGGACUGAACACAGCAAAUUAAUUUAUCACAAAACAGUGUCAUUGGAGUUAAACCAAAGUGUGCCUCAAAGUAUCACAGAUGUCUUAAAAAACGCGCUGAAAGAGGACUUGCCGUUUAAAGGAGCCUUUAGACUUACGGGAAAGAUAGGAGAGACUUUUGCACUACCAGAAGACAGAGACACCCUCUUUGAAAAAUUGGCUAUGAAAUACUCAGUCAAUUCGUGGGAUAUCGAAGAUGACGUUUGCAAAGCUACCGAUUCUUUGACUACUAUCAAAUCACAAUAUGGGGGAUGCCCUAAUUUUAUUGAUGAAAAUGUUUACGAGGACGAUAGAAAUACAAAAGAAGUUCUGUUAUUACAACUGGCUUCGGAAGAAUAUAAAAGAGAUGAGCCACGAUAUUAUAAGAAUGAAUGGAGUAAAGUUAAUUAUUGCCAAUAUGGGUCUGGAUUCUUCUUUAUCAAUGGAGAAAAAUUGAAGAAGUUGGAAUUUGAUGAUGUCACUUACACGUAUGACUGCGAUUAA